ACGAGUCCUACGAGGAGGCCCGGACGCGACCCUUCGUCAUCGACUUGUAUACCUCUCUUCGUCCUCGUCUUCGCCGGCGAAAUCUUUUCUUCGGAUUGUGUGUGCCAUUGUAAAUCCUUCGUCGCUAAAAAAAAAAAAAAAUGUGUCCGUCCGCGAGAUAUAUGAUCGAUGUCUCAAGUACGCCGUGUAUUUAAAGUUCAUUUGAGGAAUUAUUAUUGUUCCCCCGAUGCGAGUGCUUUUAUUGUUGUUGGAAAUACACGUGCGUCGUCACACGCGUCGUGAUAGAGGAGAUUUUACGCGUGUGAACGAAUACCUUGUGCGCAAGAAUGUGUAUCUAAGAGACAUCUGUGAAUUACGAUCUGUUUAUUCGUUUUACACGCAAGGAAUCGUUUAUAUUGCGUAGAGAAAAUCGCGGAAAAGUGAUCGAGUCAAACGCGGGGGGGAAGGGAGUGAUUCUCCCGACCGGUGAUUUAUGACCGGCGCAAAGAUGAUUCCCAACAACCGAGACUGAUUGUAAAUGUCGGCGCGGAAGUGAAGUCGAUGCUCGAUGAGAGAUCGAUGGGUGCGGAUAUCGGUGAUAAAGCGUGAGAGAGAGAGAGAGAGAGGAGGAGAAAGUUGCGCGCAUCUCCCGCGAUGGGAGACUUCGAUGCCCGCGUCAGGAAAAUCUCGACGAGCGAAUAAAAUGCCGUUGUUCUGUUAUAUGCCGAUGAUGUUUCGCCACUGAUCUUUACCGCCACGGCAUCGCGUCACGUAUCGCGAACGCGAUUUCCGCAAUUAUCGAACGACGAGAGAGAAAGAUCACAGAUAGAUUAGAUCGAUUUGUGCGCGCGUUCUGUGUGAUUUUCAAGGCUGUGCGCGCGCGAGACCACCGACAUCGAGAGAGAGAGAGCCGCGGAGAGCACGCCGAGAAUAUCUCGCGAGAAUUUUUUUUUUUUUUAUUAUCGGUCGAAAGCGAAAUAAUAGUCGCAAUUUAUGUAUGUUCCAACUUUCCAAACCUCAUCUUUCGUCGGAACCCCUUCGUAUUCGAUUGAUAUUUACGGCCGCGAUUUUUUUCUCAAGUUAAAAAGCAACAAAAACAAAAACAAACAAAGAAAAAAACUAAGUACUUCCGAAACUAAGUGAAGGAAAUUAAAAAACUUGUGUGUUAAAAACGCUUGAGUGUUAAAAACAACAAAUCUUUGGUGAAACUUUCUGUGAUAAUUUUUGUGAAAAAACUCUUCUUGCAACUGUGAUAUAAUUUUUUUUCUGUAAAUAAAAGAAUGAUUGUAUAUAAGGUGUCGUCGGAUAUCGGGUGUUUGUUGAGUGACACGUGGACUUCAAAGAAAGCAGGUAGACGAGAAUCACAGUUAAUAAUUGUCGACCAGGGCUCGACAACGACGACAACGACAACGACGACGACGACGAACAAGACGCAUCGCUGAGUUCCCAUGAACCGGCGCGGAGUCAAGGCUGGGGCUAACCAUGUCCACUAAGAAGCACCGUGGGCGAAAAUUAAGUAUAGAUAACAAAAUAGCACAUGAAGGCCAUAAUAGAUAGAAUGAGCGCAUCUCGGCAAAACGAAACACGUUGCUUCAAUGAGAACUCUCCCAGGCCACCGGUGCCAGGAGAGGAAACAGGAAGCUACGUCAGUCGGAUCCGUCCACAGAGCCCCGCUCUGACACCUAGACGAUCUUCUUUUGCAACACCGCAAGCCACUGAUGGUUACGAUGUUUCCGCGCCAUUGGGAUUCGAACCGGAGGGUUGUUGCGGAACCACUACCAUGGAGAGCGAUUCACCGCCUGCUUACGCGCGGUGGGCGAGAAAUCUGCACUCCCUGCUAGAGGAUCCGGUAGGAUUGGAGCUAUUCAAAAAGUAUCUCGACCAAGAAGGACAUGUAGACCCGCUAAAUUUCUGGUUCGCCUGCGAGGGCCUCAAGGAGCAGAAAGACACGGAGAAGAUCUCGCAGCUAGUGAGGCUCAUCCAUCGAAGGUUUUUUCUCAGGUCGCACUUAAGCAUACCAGAGGAAGUGAUGAAGGAAGCGGAUCGGCGGGUAAAAGAAGGUCGCACCGAUCAGAAAGUGUUUGACAUCGUGCAGUUGGAAGUCGAGCGGCUCAUCAAGGAGACAACAUAUCCCAACUUUCUUCAGUCCGAUCUGUACCUUCAGUAUGUUCAGUCUUGCCAGAAUCCCGAUUCUGGCGGUUGUCCGAGUUCAGGCUCAGGCAGCCGUGAGAUGUCCAUCUCCUGCGGACCGAGUUUGCUGCCUACCGUGCACGAGGAUAGCGAGUACAUCGGUACAAUACACAAUUCGUAUUCGGUUGGCAGCACACCCGGAGAAUUGAGACUGACCAAAGAUGUUCUGAUGGCUACUCAACAGAGCAGAGCGAUGGAUCUUCGGCCGAGGCCAGAGGCGUUCGCUGGCAUUUACUUGCAACACGGGGCUAGUCCAUAUCACAUGCACGUAUCCAGAUUGCACGCACAAUAUUCCUCCUACAACCCAGUAUCCAGACAGGAUUCUGAGCUUCAGAGUUUGAGCAGUGAUGCACGUACCGAGGUGGACAAUUUGUCCGUUAACGACGGAUCCAUCAGCGAUGGGACGAGCAACAAAUCGAAAAGCAAAAAGCAAUACGCGAAGCAAUCCGGUAGGGCAAUUAAGGAAUCAGCGAAUUUGAAUCGCGAGCUCAUGUCGCACCACGUUGUUCCGCGAACUCAGCGUAUGGCGUCACCGCAACAACUCCCGGCUAAGCAGUUCGCGGAGAUGCUCACCCAUAAAUUGGAAGCCCUCGCGCGAGAACAGAGAACUCAGGAGAAACUGGACAAAUAUUUGCAAGAGAAUCUGGCAAGCGGUGAAGUUCCGUUAGAAACGGUAGGCGGAGCUCACAAGACACUAAGCGAUACGUUGAGGGAAAAAUUGUCCGUUGAAGAAGAUAGCGAUCAGGCGAUUCUCGACGAGCACGUGUCCCGCGUCUGGUCGGAUCAUACGCCAUCGAGAUCGCCCAGGCUCUCGCCCGAGAGAAGACGACCCGCGCACAAUUAUCCACGACCUUACAAGCAGAGGAAAGAGAAAGACGUGGACUCCACAUUUUCGGUAGAUAGCGGUAAUAUUCACGACUUCCAAGAAGGUGAUCUUGCCGGAGCUGGUUCCAUGAGUUCGCUAGGCUCGCACUUGCCCAAAUCUAAAUCCGUGCCAUCCGAUUAUGCUGACUCCCUCCACAAACAGGAUCUGUAUCUUCAAGGUCACGAACAGAGAUUCCGAAGAUCGGAUAUGACGAGACGAUCAGCUACGAAGAAAUCAAUGACGGAAUUGACGGAUAGCGGAGUCAGCGUUGUCAGCGACGUUCCGCCUUCUAUAAGCAAAGAUAUGCGUUUGAUGACGCGAUAUAGAGAACCGGAGAAGAAGGUGGAUUUGAAGCACAGCAGUCGUCAUGGGAAGAAAUACGGUUCACGUAGUGGAUCUUUAGAAAGACCAAACAGAGAAACGUGGAAUAUGGGCGUACCCGCUCAACCGUUUGUUGCCGAUCCGGGAAUGCCACCUUUAACGCCACCUCACACGUCUAUACAGUUGGAAGAGACGUGUAGGAGGCUGAUGGAGGAGAGAGCGCGCGCCAGUUGCAAGCAACGACACUUCAACGUUUCUAAACUGGCGUACGAUUCCGCGACGCAGUCUCAGCCAUACGUCCAGUCCAAUCAGUCCACCUUGAGGAAACCGAAACAGGAUGCGGGUGAUUUCACCACCGUUGUGUUCAAUUUCUGUGACGAGCAGUUUCCUUACAGGACUAAAAUUCCUGGUCGCAACGUCACUUUGAAACAAUUCAAGGAGUACCUUCCGAAGAAAGGAAGCUAUCGGUACUUCUUUAAAACGGAGUGCGAGGAUUUAGAUACACGAGUUAUACAGGAAGAGAUAACGGACGAUACCGAAGUUCUACCACUAUGGGAGGGCAAAGUAAUGGCGCAAGUUAAGGCACUCGAGUAAAUAGACUGAAAAUAAAAAAAUUUUAAAAAAUAAAAAAAAUAAAAAAAAAAAUAAAACGAAACUGGGACGAGAGAAACGCGCAAGUUUUGACCAAGUGCCGCAAUAAAUAUUAUUUAAGAGAUUUGCCAUUUUAAUGGGCAAAACCCCCCCGAUGCGCACGUUCGGUAUUUAUACAUGUAUACAUAAUUAACGCUUGUUGUCACGCGGCCUAUUCUUUUUAUUUCUUUUUUUUUUCUUUUUUUUUCUCGUAAUUACCUAAGAAAGUAGUUUUACUCGGUGGGAGAAAAAAAAACAGAUAUUACGAAUCAAGCAGUUUAUUAUCGUUUUGCGCAGAAGAACGCAUUGAAAGGAAGAGAGAGAAAACAACGGCCUCACGUGAGAAAUUUUUUCUGUCUGUCGAAUAUUCUCUCUGUAAAAGAAAAUCUCAUCUCUCUUCUAAUUGCUUCCAAAUUUUUUUUUUUUUUUUUUUUUUUUUUUUUGUGUCGAAGUCACAUACGGGCAUGUUCCGACUUUAUGACGCUUCUUCGCCCAAAAAUUACUUGCUCCCGAUUAAAUUCUCGUCGCUUAAUUCGAUCACAACCACAGAACUGCAAAUCUUUAUGAAUUAUAAAAUUUAUCCGCAGCCUGAGCGCAAACAAAUAACUGAAAAAGUAUAUGUUGUAAAUUGUAUUAAUAUUCAGUAAAAAUUGUUACAAUGUAAAAUAUAAAUAAAUUGUUUAAAUUGUAAUAUAUUCGAUACAAUGUUACAUUUCUCAUUUCGUUAAUAACAAGAUCGUCAGGAUAAUAAAAAGUUGUAAUUGCAUAAAAAUUCGCAGUCUGGUUCGUCGUCUAGAAAUUUAAACGUUUUUUUUAAACUUCCGGACAUCUUCGGGAGUUAACGGGGUUGGUAUCUGUUUGAAAAUCCGAAAGUGACAUAAUUCCGGAAUUACGCCCGUAUCCUUUUCUUACUUAGGGUAGAAAAAGUUCAGUCUCUUUUCUCUAGUAAGAUUAUUUUAUCAACGAAUUUUAUAUAGUGUACAGCUUUUUGCGCAACAUUGCGUGUUUCAUUGUACAUAAUUAGCAUAUAGUGAUUUUUACGACAGACAACACACAAUUACGCUUCCCGUUGGUGCGUGCGCGGACUUUGCCGAACAAAAAUUCGUUCGUUCGAUUUUCGUUUGGUUUGGUGCCGUCAUCAACAUUUUUGUCACGGCGGAGCGGCAUUGGACGGGAAAACGACAACGCGCGUCGUUUUAUCCGAAAAUAACUUCGAUGAGCACAUUUUGCGAAAUGUCUAAACAAUUUCUUCCUUUCGAAGACUUCCCAUAGAUCCAAACGACUGUACAAAGGUCCGCGUAGUUGAUCGCCUUAGUAAGAUUCGCGUAAAACUCUACAUUAGACUUAUAGGAGAGGAUAAUUAUUACAAAUUAGCGUCUAAGGGAAGUAUAUUACGUGUAUUAUUAUACGCAAAAAAAAAAAAAAAAAAAAAAAAAAAAAAAAAACAAUAAAAGACGCGUUUUGUCCAAUAUACGUAAUAUAUUUUGUACAUGCGAGAGAUACAGUUGUAAGAAAUAUGAAAUUGAAGAGAGCAAAAAAAUAACGAAUCAUGGUUUUUUUUUUCUUUUUUUUUUUUUUUUUCUUUGUUGUAUUACUGUUACCGUCAUUGUCGCAUCGUAGUCAUCCGAAAAUUGUGGGAAAUUUUUAAGCUCGUUGAGUUUAAAAGCCUGAUGCACGUAUGUUUAAUUAAGUAACGUGCGUUAAAACACACACAAGAUACGCAAUUGGCACGGAAUGGCAAAUGCCGGUAAAGGAAAAGAGAUCAUUAGCGUUUUAGAGUGUAAUAAUGUUUUAUCAGGUGCGAAAAUAUGUGCCUUUUUAGUGCGGUAAGAUCGAAAUAUAAGCCUAAGAAAAAAAAAAAAGAAGAAGAUUGAGAUAUUUAUAAAUUGCAGUACAGGGGCCCAAUCCUGGUAGAAGAAAAAUAAAUAAUAUCUGUUAUUAUUUAAUAAUUCUCUUGUGAAAUUCCCAAAAUACGUUAAAUGAGGUGUAUUUCCUUAUACUUUGUCUUGUCUAGUACAUCUGGUAGAAUUUUAUUUAACUCUUUCAGUCCUCUCUCUCUCUCUCUCUCUCUGUCUGUCUUAUACUAGCUCUCUGGAUUAUUCGAAUUAAUUGUAAUGCAAAUUUUACGAUAAUAUGAACUAUUUCAAACGUUCGAUUGUAUAUUCUAACGAAGACAAGUGUAAAACCUGUGUAUUUAAUCUACUUUACUUUUCGAUUUAUUAAAAAAAAAAAAAAAAAAAAAUACAUAUACAUAUCGUUUUCCAGAUUGUCGCGUCGUAAAUUCUAUUAUAAACACACAAUCCCUUUGAAACUGUGAAGAAAAAAAAAUCCGUCAGACUGAAAGAAUUAAAUUCAACAAAUUUAUAUGCACACAGAAAGCGUUAAUAAACAAAACAAAAAAAAUUUGUGUAAAAUCUGCUUUUCUAUUGGGUGGCCUCAAUCGGUGGUUGACAAAAUCUUUUUCUCUUUAUUAUUAUUAUUAAUUGGUUAACGACGUUUAUAUGAUUCGCCGAAGCUCGCUUGCUACGUGUGAUCUUAUGUUAGAAAACACAAAAUAGAAGUGACGUAUAUACAUAUAUACAAAUUGUUUAGUUAGAAAUUCGAUCUAGCCGCCGUCGCAAAUUUAUAAAAUGCUGAAAGCAACGCUUUUGGUUAAUAAUAAUGAACUUUUGAUUGUACUGAUCAUUAAUUAUCAUGAAUGACAAAGUGUUCCUGUACCUAAUUAAAAACAAAAAUCAAUUAUUAUUGUAUAUCAAAACUAUUGGAAAUAAUAACGCGAUUUUCACUGGAUUAAACAAAAUACCUACUCUGUUUA